AUGAAUGCUAAAAAGCAUAGAACUAGUAAUUUAGAUAAUGAAGGUUUUAUAUCUGAAAAUACAAGUUCAGAUGAUAUGGCAAGUUCAGAUGAUAUGACAAUCAAUAAUGAAGAAUCAAUGCCAAAAUCCGAUGAGCUUUUAGAACAUAAGCGUAAAUGGAAUUCUAUUUGGGAAGUAACCUAUCCUUGGUUACGUUUAGGUCAAAAGGAAAAUAAACAAUCUAUUAAAUGGCAUAUAAAAACUAAAGACCAUCAAAAAUUAAUACAAGCACAAGAGGAAUUUCAAAUAAGUCUUGAAAUAGGAUUUACUCAACAACUUGAAGCUACUAAAAAUCUUAUUGCAACAUCUAAAAUUACUGAUCUUACUUCGCUAACUGAAUAUCAUAUUAAGUGUGAUAUUGCAGAAGAAUAUACUUCUAAAGAAACCUAUAUUCUCAAUCAUCCAAUACUUGAAUUAUUAGAAGAAUCUCAUACAGAUUAUAGAAGUUAUUCUAAUGCUUAUGCUGCACGAGAGUUUAUUGAUGCGAUUGGAAGAGUUAUUGAAGAAGCUAUUUGCCAAGAAAUCU